AUGUCUCCGCGGCGGGGAGGGGGCUGCCUGGGAGGAGACGCGCUGAGCGGCCCCCCGCGGAGGUCCGUCGGCCGCAGCAGCAGCAGCAGCGCCCGGCCCGGAGCCCCGCAGCCUUGCCCGGCGGCGGCGGCCUGGAGGAGCCGCGCACCCGCCGCCGCCCCCGGAGCCUCGCCCCCGCCGCCGCCCCUCGGCGCCCGCGGAGAAGGCGGCGGGCGCCCCCCCGGGAAGAUGAAGGCGGAGGCGGGUGACCACUCCAUGAUCAACCUGUCGGUGCAGCAGGUCCUGAGCCUCUGGGCCCACGGGACGGUGCUGAGGAACCUCACGGAGAUGUGGUAUUGGAUCUUUCUCUGGGCUCUCUUCUCCUCUCUGUUUGUCCAUGGUGCUGCGGGAGUGCUGAUGUUUGUAAUGCUGCAGAGGCAUAGGCAGGGGAGAGUGAUCUCCGUCAUUGCAGUCAGCAUCGGAUUUCUGGCUUCUGUAACUGGAGCAAUGAUCACUAGUGCAGCAGUAGCAGGCAUUUACCGAGUAGCAGGGAAGAACAUGGCCCCUUUGGAAGCCCUGGUGUGGGGCGUAGGACAGACUGUAUUGACAUUGAUCAUCUCCUUUUCAAGGAUCCUCGCCACACUUUGAGGUUUCUGUGGAAAUGUCUGAUCUUACAUAAGGAAACAGAUGUACAGAUUCUCUGAAAAUGGCAUUGUUAGCAAGUGGGAAUUAAAUUAUACAGGAAUCCUGGAAGGAGCAGGUCCCAGUUUAAGGCCUAGAGCUGUGUGGAAAGAUUGCCCUCUGGUGUUCAAGUGAUUGCACUACCGCACUGCACCUUACGUGCCUCCAUCCCAGGCAAGGCGAAUUACACUAUGAGAAGCUACAAGAAAAGGCACCUUGUUUAGCUGCCAAUCAGGUUAACAUUGGUGUUGAAUCAUUGUUUUUAACAGUGUUGUGUUUAAGUUACAGGGACAUUUUGAAGAAUUGAUAUAUGUGCCAAACUCUUCUUUUUUUAUAAAUUGGUCAUGUGACAGUUUGCAAGUGUAGAUGUAGAUGAGACAAGUGCUGUGAACAUGUUUGACAUGAAUUCAGGUCAUGUAGUGAGACUUUGUAACUCUAAAUCCUGUGUGAGUGCCGAAUACUGAAUUGUUUACUAGGAGAUAAAUUAUUUUAUUUUUAAUGUUGAACUUUUCUGGGAUUUAGGGCUUUAAUAUGGUUAGGCAUUAUUGUUAUUUAAUUUAUGUGGAAAGUAAUGUUAAUGGAAAACUAGAUAAACUCUUUUAAGGACUCAAAGUAGAUCUAUAGGGUGCAUCCUUUUCAUGAACAUAAAUAAUACUUUGAAUAGUUUCCAUCAUACAUAAAUGUUCUAUUGAUAUGAAUUAAAAAACUUUAUGGGUAACACAUUGAUUGUAGUUUGUGUCAUAAAAAUAUUAUUUGAAAAUGUUCUUAUAAAUUUUGUUAGAAAACAAGUCUGAAGUGCAUGUUGCAUUCUUUGACCCUCUAAAGAAAGUUUUGCCCUGUGUCUCAUGGAGAAAACAUCAUAACUGCUCCUCAGUGGGGUUCUACGACUUGUUGCCUAUGUCUUGAUUUUUGACAAAGUGUAAGCAGUCUUUAAGUCUCGAGUAUUAUCUCUCUUUAAAGAGUGGCCUAAAUUAGGCUGUUAAAAAGCCUCAUUUGUAGUUAAGUAAUAGUAAGUUAUCUGGGAAGAUUCAUAAACUAUCUUACUUUGGAUAAGUGGUAAUGAAAUUUCACUAAAUAAGAAUUGAGGAAUUUAGUAAAUCUGGCAGUCCAUCUCAGUGUAUUAAAACAGUACUGAAAUACAUUUGAGUGAUUCAUUUAGUUGUUCAGUUCUUGAUUUAUGCUGUUAUUUAAGUUAUUAGAAUGUGAUGGCAUUUAUUGGAAAUGAAAAAGUCCUUAGUAUAAAAUAUUUUAAGAGAUUUUGGCAAAAUAACUUGCUUUUAAGACUACAGGAAGUAAGGGAAACAGAACCUGCUUGAACUUUUCUCCUACUGACAUUUUUAAAAACCAGGUACAAUUAUAAAUGUUCUCACUCAAAGGAGAGCCAUUGUAGAGAAUGCGAAGUGAAGGGCAGUCCAGGAAAACACUCUGUGCUCUAGCCUCACUGCUUUAGAACCUGGCUGAGAAAUGAGUAGGUUUCCAUUAAGUCCCAUUCAAAUAUAAGGCCUUUGCUUAAACACGCCACUUUUCCUUCACCAAAAACAAACAAACAAAAAAAACAUAUUGAGGAGUUGGUGGGAGAGGGGGAGCUACUUUUACCUGUAGGAAAGCCAAUUUGGGAAUUUUCUAAUUCUGUGGCUUGGAAAUUUUUAAAAAAACAACAAUUAGCAUUUAUGCACUUAGAGAUCUUUGAAGUGAAUCUUAAAAUUGAUUUAAAUAUGUAUAACCCUGAAAUUAAUUUCAUUGUUCUUUAUAUUUUUGAUGUUUUCCAAAUUAAAUUUAGGCAUAAGUUUUCCUAAUCAAUUUGAUUUCUCCUUUUCUGUUAGUUUUGAAUUAAUUGUUCUUCCUUUAGUUUGGCUAUUCUGUCAAUAAUUUAAAGUGUUUGUAUUCUUUAAGAUGAAUUACCAAUAACAUAUUGAAGAUGUGCAAAAUGAAAAUUUUUAACAUAUAGUUAUGUUGUGAUUUAAGAAAGUUACCAUGGUGAGAUAAUAUGGAGCAUAUGGUUCAGAAUCAAAAAUUAACCUGAAAAUAACUUGGUACAUAAAUAUGUAACUGUGUGGACCAAAGAGAUUUAAAAUCCCAUUUUUACUCUUAGAAUGGAAGUAUAAUUUGAUUAUUAAUAAUUAGUUUGUAGAGUGUCCUAAUCUCAUUAUGAAGUUGCUUUAUGAUGUGUGUGUUUGUGUGUGUGUGUGUUUGUAUGUGUGUUUGUACUCUUAACUUGUAGGGGGAUUUUUAUUUUGUUUUGUUUUUUGCUGUUUUCAACUCUUUUCAUUGGGAUUUGUGCAACUGUCACUCUUUUGAUGUUUUGAAAUAUAGUUGAAUGGUAUGCAUUGAUGAAAUUGUCUUAAUAGAUAUUUCUGUGUUGAGAUUUUUUAAAAGUGGUUUUCCUACAGAUACAAAAAACAUGUAAUGAUAUAUAUCCACGUACACCUCUGUAUUAUUAUAUAUGUCCACACAAAGCUGCCAAGCUGCCAUGUAUGAACACAGUCUAGUUGGAAAGCUUCUGUUCCAGGAACAUAUCCAUGCUCUAGUGUAGGGUUUGUUCAGUUGAAUGAUCUUUUAAAUGGGUUUGAGGAUGUUUGAGAUUUUUUAAUUUGGGGAGAUUUUUCUUGGUUUAAUAGUGCUGGAGACCCUUGUUUUUGAUAUGAUAAAAGUUCUUACUAUUGUAUCUGCGUUACACCUCCUUAAAAUGUGUAUGUGAUUUAGCAAUAAGCUCUCUUUGAUUAAAGUAGGAAGGACAGAGGAAAGCAUCUGCAGUUUAUACAUCUUUAUUUUUUUAAUGUGUAGUAAAGUAUUGCUGAUAAUGAAAUCAGUUCCCCAAAGAAGAGACUCUUAUAUGCCCAAACUGGUUAACAUGCUGGUUAGAAAUGCCCAUAGGCCAGAGUUCAGUCAGAGGACCUCAUCUAUACUAUAAAAAAUGCUGAAAACCUUUAAAUGAAGGAGGUGCAAAUAAUCUGCCCACAGGAUGAUUCCAUGGGUUGUCUAGAAUAAGGAAAGUCCUAAAUGAUGGCUAUAUUCAGUGCUUGCAGCUUAAUUAUUCUUACUGUAGACCUCAGUUUUACCAAACAGUGUUACAGUUUGUUACCCAAUGUACUAAGUGUUUGCAACAUUUAGUAUUUCCUCUCCCCUAAAAAGUGUAAUGGUUUAAUUUUGCUUUAAGUAAGAAAUAAAGAAACGAGCUGCCCUGUAUUUCAUGCAUUUGUGAUGUAAGCACAGGGGUAAUUUAAAAUCAAAGAACAUUGUUGGAAAAAGUCUUUAGAGAACUUUAAUUAAGGUGAGGAGAGUGGGGCUGACAUGUUAACAUGCCCAAGCAGACACUUACACACCAACUAAUUCAAUUGUUUAAAUAUUUUUGAUGGACCUACUAUGUAUGUACAAAGCUGUAUGGAGCAUUUUCUAUCGGAAGUACUAGGAUGUCUAAGAUAGGAUUCCUGCCCUUGAGUUCACCAAAAGCUAAAAGACCAGAACAACAUCUUGCUUCCUGAUUCUAGUUUAGAGUUCAAGUCUUUUUUCUCAACCCCACCACCCUAAAUUCUGAUUUUCCCAGUUUAUCCACAAAGUGGAGUUUCAGUACCUGAGUUACCAUCAUUGUGACAGAGUGAUGAGAAUACUAGACUGUAAACCAGAGACAUAAAUGUGAACCCAGGACCUGUUGCUUAUCAACUUUUUGUUCAUGAAUGGCAAAGCAGUAAAUGUUUGACAGUAAAUGAUAGUCAGUAGAAUUUUUUGAAUUAAUUUUGCAGUGCUAUUUAAUAAUGUUGUUUCAUAAAAUACAUUUGUUUUCUUUCAUUUCCACAUUUUGUCCACAUGUAUUUUUAAAAGGAAAAUUAAAAUAACCCUUACAAUCUUGCUUCCUUUACCUCCUCUUUACCUCUUUAUUUUUAAGAUCAGCAGAUACUUAUCUAGGAGCAUGUUAGGGGUUGGUGGUGGUAGAAUGGCCAGAGCAAGCAGGAUUAAAUUACACAUUGUGUUUACCACUAGUUAAGACAGAAAAAGUUAGGGGUAGCCCAUAUUUACUCCUUUACCUUAUCCUGCUACUUUCCUUGCAUUCAUUCAAUCAGCAUUCAUUGGAUCUCUACUGCACGCAACUUACCGUGUGUUUAAGGGAUGAAGUGUCUCCUCUUCUGCUCCAUGGGUGUUGGCUUCACAGCGCAGUGCAAGGUCUAUAGGGAAACAAAAGAGUGUCUACCAAGUCCUUCCUUCAUGGACCAAGGUGCUUCAGCUACUGUUCAUUUGCUUUUACUUAAAAAAAAAAUAGUGUUAUUUUAUAUUUAAGUCCAUUUUACAAUUCAAGAAGUAACAAGAUGCUAAGGCUAUUUUCUUAAACUAUUUCACUUUUGCUAUUACAAUUAUUUUCUCUCAGAAAAUCUUAUCGGAACCUCUUCAAAGAGUUGUUACUUGUUUUAAGAUAUGAAGAAUGUUGAAAGUUAUUGAAGAAACCCAAGUAGUCCUAGAUUGCAGAGAAUUUUGACAAUACUUGAGUAACUGGGUAAAUUUCUGCUUCUUUUCAUAAUCAAAGUGAGACUCUCAGUGGUUAAAAUUGACUACUAUUGAGGUAGUUGAUUUUAAUUUCCCUAAAGUAUCAUUCCUUUUUGUAACAUCUUAGAGAGAGACUCUCCAGGAUAAAAAGGACAUUACUUAGUUUAAAAUGAUGAAAACUUUCAAACAUGUGAUAGCAUUUUGUAGCAGAGGGAAGUUUAAAGAUAGGAAGACACAUUGGAGGGGUGACACCGGAACAAAGGCAUAUCAUGACUACUCAACAUUCUGUGAACAAUUCCCCGUGUUAAGAAUGUAAACUACACUGUAUGCAUAUGUGUCCUGCUCCAGAAUGUAGGGUUUCUUUACCUGUGAGACAACUUCCACAAAGCGUUGGAAUCAUUAUUACUUGUGUGUGUGUGUGGUGCUGGUAGGUUUGCCCUUCUAACUUAAGGAUCUCUGUUCUGUGUAGGAAUACAGUGCUUUUGAGGUUGCUGAAUAAAUUAUCUAAAAAUGUUAAAAAAUGUAUCUGAAUUUGUUUUAGAGGAAGUAGUGCUUAAUAUAUAAAGUAUUUUCAGUAAAUAUGCAGAUAUACCAGUUAGUACUUUAUUAAAUUAGUGGGAACACCCAAAUUUCUGAGUGAACUGAACUGUGAACUGUAACCACCUCUUCCCCUGUGUUUAGAGGGCUCAUCUUCACAUUCUUUACAUUCAUUUCACAAAUGUUGAAGCUGUUUAUCAUAAUCCUUUCUUGAUUUGAGAACCAAUUUAGCAAUUUCUUAAAAAUCCCCUCCCUCCACACAGCUGUCAUAUGUUGUGGUUUAAACACAUGUACAGUUUGUUAAUAGAAUCAGAAGUGCUAGUUUUGAAGAGAAUGUGCUAGAUACUAAAGAGACAAAUAAAUACUAAGGAUUGGAGUCAAGAGAGCAUGAACCUUCAACAUAUUUUUUUUUUAGAUUCUAUAGUGCACCCUUAUGCAUUUUCCUGCAGUAGUAACAUGACUGCCCCCUUUUUAGGAAUGCAAUUAGAUAUGCAACUAAAACUGGAAAGCAGUGUAACAUAAGUAAAUAUAAAGAGGAGCUAAAAUGCAUAAUUACCAUAACAGGAACACCUGUGCUCCAAAAUCAUUAUAUAUUGGCAAAUUCUAAAAAGCAUCAUUUUUUAGAGCCUUGUAUAAAUGAAUGUUGAUAGUAUUACUGAUGAUGAAAAGUUUCCUUUGUUUCUAAAUUAGUGUAUUUGCACAGCAUCACUAAGUAUAUUUGGGAAGGAACACUAAAGUUUCUCCAUAGAAAACAAAAUAGAGGCACUUAUUUGAAUAGUAAUAAGAAUGAUUUACUUUGAAUAAUGGAUUAGUUGAUAGUGUAAUUGUUGACACUUUCUUAGUAUUUGUGAUAUUGGAUGCAUUUACGAUGGAGGAAUUUUUGUAUAUCCUGGCAUUCUACACACACACACACACACACACACACACACACAAGCUCUACACAUUUAGUUGAACAAUAUGAAAUCCCACAGUAUAUUUCAUUUUAGUCUUAUAACUUGGUAAAAUUCAUAUGAUUCUACCAUAAAGUAUUAACUCUUGACUCUAGUCAUUCUGUGAUUAGAGAAUCAAUUUUAUCUUGAAGUUAACCAACUAAAAUGUAUUUAUUUGAAGAUCAAAAAUAUUGUUUACCUGAUAGGUAUUAAAAGACUCUCUUUCAAAUUGUGUUAACUCUCACAGACUACUGAUGAAUCGUUUAGUAAACCACAGUACCAUUUUUAAGGCUAAAUGAUGUCUCAGUGCCUUUUAAGUUAAGAUACUUUUUCAAAGUGAAUCUAGUGAGGUUCUGGAUUGGUACAGCUGUUAAUGGGGAUUCAGCGUUAAGGACAGUGUAAUAGAAUCACCUGUGGUUUAUUAAAAAUCAGUUAUUUUGCUAUUGACGAUGACAGAUAAUGACUUUCAUUACAUUUUCAUGAUGUGGUAUUUGUCUCUCUUUUUUAAAAAGUAAGUUUGAAAUGGGGAAAAAUGUAGUCAAGACAAAAGUGGUAUUUUAAAAUUUAAUUUUCUUGUAAACUAGAGAUUCUAGUAUAAAUAGUGUUAGUUUUAUAUUGUAGUACUAGGGCAGACAUUUUAUGUAACCUUUAGAAAUAUGUUUACCAUCAGGGAUUUAUUUUUGCUAUCCAAAUACUUAAUGUACUGUGAAGCUUAAAGACAGGAGGAAUAAAUGCUGGAGGGGUAAUGCACAAAAACAAAGGCAUAUCUGAUGAAGUACCCUAUGUUAUGUGAAUACAAUUUCCCCUUCUGUUAAGACUAUAAACUACACUGUAUGAAUAUGUGUACUGCAUGUUUACAUAAUAUGGCUUAAUUUUGAAGGAUUAUUUAAAAAAAACUAUGUUUAUGUAUAAUACCUAACAGUCUGUAAAUAUUGUAUACUAUUGAUUUUUAAUUUUCUAUAAGGAAUUUUUUAAUUUCCCAAUUCAUGUACAAAUCUCAUUGUAUAUAUAGCAUAAUUUCCUAGAGAACACAAGUUUUGCAGUGAAUUUUAAUUAUUUUAAUUGGUAAGCAUCAGGUUAGCCUUAGCGAUGUUAAUUUUUGUUUUAAAUUAUUUUUACUGCUUAUUUUCUUCAAAGGGCAGCAAUAAACAUAUGCAAGUUCUGUUUGAUUAUAGACAGUUGAUCUACAAAGAUGAGAUCUAGGUUCCAGUUCCUGGCUUUUAAAAACAGAUGCACAAUUAAUAUCAUCCACUGUUUAAUCACAGGACCAUUUCUGAGGUCCAUGUGUUUCUCCUCUUUGUAACAUACAGGGUGAUUCUACUGAUAUUCACAAAACAACUGUUAAAAGUCAAUCCAGCACUUAAAGGUCAUAACACAGAAUUUAUUGGAUUAAAAAUUUGUAAUAUACAGUAUUUUAAUAAAGUUUCUGUAUUCUAUUUCAUGCAGUUAUAUAUAAAUAAAUCUGUCUUUAAAAGCUUUA